GAAGUAAAUAUCCAAUUGUAGGAAAGCGGUAGGGGACGUGGAGGAUAAAAUUAAAUGAAAAUUAACUUAUGUAUGUGCGUCAGCCGUAGCAUGGGAUAAGCGCGAGAAUAAGUGAGAGAGUGGAUGGGAUUGCUGGAGGGGCAGGGAGGGGGAGUGUGUGUGAUCUCGGCAGCGGUAAUGACGGCCGAGAUAAUUUAAAAGAGAAGUGGACUCGCGACGGUGUUUCCCUCUCCCUAAGCCUCGCGCGGCCACUGACAGCAGGACAGAAACGCGCAACGAUCGGAUCGGAAGUCUGGCACCGAAUUGCCGCCUCGCCCAAUAUCAUCGUCGGUGAGGUUAUGCACGCCGGGUACAAUGUCGAGGUUGUCCCGCACCGAUGCCCUAGAAGACAUAUCGGCCUGGGGCACGACCGACGUCGUCGCCCUACUUCGAAAGAAUGGAGUGGAAGAGGCGUGUUGGAAGGCAGUCGAGAAACGUCAGAUUGACGGAGAUGAGCUAUUACACUUGACGGAGGGUAAGCUGACGUUAUGGAAGAGCGAUCUCACGAGGCCAUUGAUAUGGAGUCUGUGGACAUUCGUUGAGGAAUUGAAAAAAUAUCCCGAAAACUAUGUCGAGGACAAGCAAUUACAAUCACAACCCAUUCAACAGUUGGAUGCGGAAGCGCUGAGCGAUACCAGCUCUUGGGAUACGGAUUUCGAAGAUAAUGUGGAUGAUCAUAACGAUGAUUGCGGUAUGACAAGAGUAAGAGAAGUUACGGAAGUAAAUCCUGACUUCCGGAGCAGUUUGAAGCUUUUUCAAGAAAAUGACAGGAUCAUGAUGGAAACUCAUGCGAGGGGAGCAUCUUACUCGAUCAAUCUAAAUGAAAAGAGUAAUGCAACGCCAGCCUUGGAAUGUACCUAUGCGAAUUACAAUAUGUCUAUUGAACAAGAAAGCACGUAUGCAAAUGUUGGUUAUGCGAAUACAACAUCGAGGAAUUCAUCAAAAUUUCAUCCGACGAAUGAGAUCGACAGCAUUAGCAUUGAACAGAAAAGUCUUGCGGAAAAGCUCAAAGAGCAACUAAUGCUCAUUGGUGCUAAACCAGCUAUAGUACCUAAGCCCGAGGCUCUCUGUAAAAGGACUAAGGACGAGCUAAGCUUACGCAGGAGCGAACCAAGAACCUCGUUCCUUCAUAAAAGUGUCAAGUCUAAAAUUAACGGAACGAGAGAUAUUGAAAGAUCGAGUACGCUACCGAGUAUGGGCGAGCAAAACCAAAGUGUCGGUGGCGAAACGAUGCAGAAUUUGCCAAAGCCACCGGCGAUGAUCCGCUGCUUCGACCUCGUGGCGAACCUUCCACGAGGUCCAGUCGACGAAAGCGAAGACGAAGAGGAAUAUGAGGCCUUUGAUGAACAAAUAGUAGAACAGCAUAAACGCAACUCAAUAAUACACGCUGAUAGUGGCCAGUCGCUAUCCAGCGUUACCCAAAACUCAUUAGAAAGUGUUUAUCAUCCACCGACUUGUGUCAGCCACGAUGAAGAGGUUUACGAAAUUUAUGAGUCCAUCACGGAGUCGCCCGAAGAAAAUGGACAUGAUUUUAAAAAUGGAACUAAUAUAAAAAUUAUGACGAAUCCACCACCCCUACCUACAAAACCGCCUCCAAAUAUUAUGACACUACACAAUCAUUUAAAUAAAACAGACACAAAAAAUGAAAGAUCGCUGGAAAAGAAGUCGGCAACGCUACCAUCACACUCCGCAAGCAAAAGCUCGUUGAGUAAUGCCGCGAGGCCACUGCCACCACCCCCCGACAAGCAAUCCUACUACGAGAGACCUUGGUUUCAUAAUUUGACCAGGGAGCAGGCCAAUCUCCUUAUAGAAGAGCAAUGUACUUAUGGUAAUUCAUCGGACGGAUAUUUUCUAAUGAGGCCAUCAACUUCAAAUCCUAAUAAUCCAUUGACAUUGGUAUUGUGGUGCAAAGACAGAGUUUAUAAUGUUCCUGUUCGAAGAAGGCCCGACAACAGAUAUGCAUUAGGAUCGUCCAAGCCUAACGAACAAUCGUUUGCAAGCAUUGAUGAGAUUAUACCCUUUUACAAGAGAGAGAAUUUAGUUCUAUAUACUGGUGGAGUUCAAACGGGAAGCACAAAAUUAUCCGACACGCCAUUGAAAUGAGAAUAAAUUGUUUGUAAAGCAUUUACCGAUAAAUACUUAAAUGUUAAAAUAUUUUUUAUAUUGCACUUUUGUACUUUUGACACGAACAGAUGUUGAUUAUUAUUUAGUUAAAUGUGAAUUCGAAUGUCAGAAUUCAUCUUUU